GGGACCAAAUAAAAAUUUUCGAUAAGCUUCUGGGGCGAAUAUUUGAAAUGAAUGCGCAAAGUUUCAGGCGUUUCUUGAUUCUGUUCGAAACAGUAGGGACUGUGGUUUUGGGUUUGGAAUUGAAACCCAAGCACCUUCAAGAUUGACCAAAUGAUUAUUCGAACGCUACGGACUCCUCCUUUCUCAUUCUCUAAACCUCAGGUGCGUUUCGCAUCGUAUCAAAUCCUUUUGGGACCUCAUGGACGUUUUGGUACACAAGUGACUGAGACUCUUCCUGAUCGUACCGGAAUUUCAUCAAAUAGGAUCCCGGUUUAUGGAUUUAGAACGUUUUGCAUUGGCACUGAUAAAGAUUUGUUGACAAAGAAGUGUGUACCAUGCAACUCAAAGGAUCUACGCCCCAUGACUGAAGAAAGUGCAAAUGAACUAAUUUCAAAGGUAGAUGGUUGGAGUUUGGUAAAUGAAGGUGGUACAUUGAAGCUAAAAAGGUCUUGGAAAGUGAAGAGUUUCACCAAAGGAUUGGAGCUAUUUCAGCUCAUAGCUGAUAUUGCUGAAGCAGAAGGCCAUCAUCCAGAUCUUCAUCUUGUUGGAUGGAACAAUGUAACAGUUGAUAUAUGGACACAUGCAGUUGGUGGACUGACCGAAAAUGACUUCAUACUUGCCGCCAAGAUCAAUGGGCUUGACCUGCAUCAUCUCCUCAGAAAGAAGGUUACUGCUGGAUAGAUCAUCAGAAAUUUUGCAAGCUCUUGAACAUCAAACCAUCUGCGCAAAUAAAUUUCUUUUCAGUGUUUAAGUUUAGAAGUCAGAAACAACAAUGUUAGGCUACUUCCUUCUUCUUCUUUUUUGAAUGUUUGUGGUCAAGAUCCAUAACUUGGUGUUAAUGCUUUGUUAUAUUAACUGUUUAUAGAAUUAAUGAGUUUCCAAAGGAUGUUUUUUCUUUU